UUUUGAUGAGUCUACAAACGUUGUAUCAAAGGUUUAACAGUCGGUAUGAGAUCAUAUUCUGAGAAACUAAAAAUGAUCAUAACAAUAUAAAAGUCGUUGAUUUCUGAUCCUUUCAUUUAUAUGUCCAUUUAAAUCAUUAACAAUCAAUAAUCAUGCCUCUUGAAGUUAUUGGUGCCGGUUAUGGGCGAACUGGGACUAUGAGUCUAUUAAAAGCUCUUCAAAUAUUAGGGUAUCGGACACAUCAUGGAUUAAGUAUACUGGAAGAUGAUUCAGCAGAUUUAGGUGUAUUUCAUCGAGCAUACGAUCAUCCGGAUACACAUGAGGAUGAGUGGGAAAAAGUAUACGGAGACUAUACAGCCAGCUUGGACUUCCCUUCCGCGGCAUUUUAUAAAGAAUUGAGCGAAAAAUACCCUGAUGCCAAAGUCAUCUUGACCAUCCGACCUGCAGAAGACUGGUUCAAGUCCAUGCAAAAGACCAUUUUGAAAGAAUUUGCUGAGACACCAAUGACCAUAGGUGCAGAAGCAAUGACCAAGUUUCUUUCUCACAUUACUUUCAAUGGCAAGCUUGGAAAACAUUUGGAAAAGCCAGCUGAUAAAGAAUACAUGUGUCAAUUAUUCAACGAUCAUACAGAACAAGUCAAAAAAACAAUCCCUGCUGAUCGUUUGCUCAUUUUACAUCUUGGAGACGGUUGGGAACCUUUAUGUCGUUUCCUCGGCAAGGACAUUCCAAAUGAGCCUUAUCCCCAUAAAAAUACCACUGAUGAUUUUUUGAACGAAUUUGAAGAAGGCAAAAGAAUAAUCACAUCUCUUUUGCAUUCCAACUCUACGGAAAAAUAAAAGUCUAAUGGAUGAUGGAUGUUGGAUGAUGAUCCUUUU